UGAAGUUGUUGACUAUGGUACCAUCGACGGUUCCCAGCGAGAGGCCUUCGUCCAGUGACGCUGCACUCCCCAAAGCCUUGGAGCUGGCAGUUAUGCGGCAGCCAAUGCCGGUCAUUGAUCCUGGCAGUGAAGGGAUACUAGUUGGCUCGCCAACGACCUUCGAUGGACGUAUUGAGGACCAGAGCAGUUCGAGUGGCCAUCCUAACCUCCUCGCCCAAUAUUCGGAGUUGGUCCUCUCCUAUCGGUAUUGGCGUACCGUCAGAGGAGACGGAAACUGCUACUACCGAGCCUUGGCCUAUGGCUUUGUGGAGUAUUCGGCGCUCUUCUGUCCAGUAGCACUGACAGGUCUUGUCGAGAAGCUAGCUGCUAUGACUGAUAAAGGACGGAACCAUCCUAUGUUCGCUGGUUCCUAUAGGGUUCUUGCUGUCCUGCUCCCAUCGUGGCGGGUCAGGCUGGAGACUGCUGCUGGGAAUACAGCUGAGGAGAAGAGCAUUUUCACAGAGAUACAUCGCGCACUGAAUACCCCUGCUAUAGACCAAGCCUUUGUCGCCGCCAUCCGGUUGCUGGUAGCGGAUUAUUUAUCUCGGCACAAGUCGGACCCUUGCACUGCCGGUGCUGAUGCUGAUUGCUCCUUCACUUGGGACCAGUGGGCCAAUGGGCUGAUGGAUGCUGGUAUCGACGGCCCCGGAGGGUUCAUAGAGUCAGCUGUCCUUGUGAUGGAAGAGGACGCCUCGGACCUCGUCCAGGCUGCGGCUCCGAGGGCAUUGGAUUGCUGCGUUAGGAUCAUAAUGGUCCACAGAGACCGCACAGCCCUGCACAACAUCGACUACAGCGGCAGCACUUCAGAGCCUCAAGUCCACCUCCUAUUCCAACCUGGCCACUACGAACUACUCAUACCGAUUCAGCCGGAGAGAUACUCUAUCCUUCCCAUAAUAGACGACGCUACCCUUGUGCCCGCAGGAGUGCCCGUCCAGGGGCCACCGCAGCCUAGCGCCAGUAACGAAUUCGAGGGGUUCAUGCAGCAAGUCCUCUCGAAAUAUCAUGCCCUCUGGGGCCAGUCUCGUUACCUCAGCAGUGUAGUGGACCAACUACUACCCCGCUUGGACGCUCGUGCUCGGCCAUCCCCCUAUGCAAACCCAGCAGAUGCUCGCUGUGAACUGACAGAGAUGCGCAACGUUUUGAAGAAUUUGGGAGAGGCUCAACGACAGCUUAGUGCCAUGCCCGAAGACCCAAUGGACGAUGAGAGGCCGGUACCGCCUCUGUCAGGUCGCGAGGAGUCCGACGCCGAUACGCAGAUGCCGAAAUACCUCUCGGCUCUGCGAAAGGCGUAUGAAUCCUCUACACCUCCCAAGGGGGAAGGAGUCAAUUUGAAGGUUGAGGACGGCACUGAGGAGGCAUUGAUGGACUGGCCGGAGCUUCAGAACUCCAUCACGCCUGCAACGGCAUCAGCUGGAGUUUUCGUAUGCGGGUUGUGCGACAAAGAUGGCCAAAUCGUGGGCGACGAGGGAGAUGGGGUCCGGACUCCGUGUGGCGACAAGGUCCAUAAGGAAUGCCUUCGGCAAUUCGUCGAAAAAACUAUUGAGAAGAACAACACUCCGUUGCAGGACAUUCGCUGUUGGCGGCAUAAUCGCAGGCAUGAGAUGGCCUCUGAUCAUUUCCGUUCGAUUUCAUGUGUUUGCAGGCUCGGGCAACUCUUCCUGCAAACCAACAUGCGCGUUCAGGAGGUCAGCGACGAUGCAGAGAUGAAUUCGGAGGCCGCGACUGCUGAUGAGCCGGAGGGGGAAGAGCCUGCUGAGGGUUGCGUCAUUUGCAAGAAAACUGGAAAAUUAGAACUCACUCUACCCUGCGGUUGCCAUGCUCACAAGAAGUGCCUCGAGAGCAGCGUUGAAGCCUUCAUAAGAGGCGGGCAGGCCCCUGCAGAGAUCGAAUGCCCUCAACAUACAGGACGCCGGUUGGGCGUCAGCUUUCUGGAGUCGACAGUGCCUGCUGCCCUCGAGCCUGUACGCUCUGUCUGGAGUGGUUUCUCAGCGCGGGUGGCCGCUGCAGCCGCGGCCAGCGGAAGCACUCGGCAAGGUUCGGUUCAAGCGGAACCAACAACUGCGCGGACGGGCAUUCGUAGCAAUGCUGUGGUCAAGAGUGAACCUCAGAAGGGUGACCCAAUGAGAGCGGUGAAGCCGUCGGUUCCAGUCAACGAGCCGUUGUUUAAAGGGGCAGUGAGAUGCAGCAGUUGCCGAGGCAUCCUCGUAGCCUCGGAGAGCUUCCGACUACCGUGCCACCAUCGAUUCCAUCAAGGCUGUUUGGCGGAGCCUCUGACAAAACAGAUCUCAGAUAACGGCGGGGGAUCUUUGAAGUGUCCCGUGUGUGGUGACAGCAUUGCGGUUGAGGCCAAUGAUGCUCUCCUUAAGAAGUGCCUCGACCCUGGCGCAUAUUACAAGCUUCACUCCGCUCGGGCCUCCCAGAAUAACGUUCCAAAGCCUUUACGGGAGCCUGAUACGAGUAGACCUUCCUCUGACGAGAGGCUCACUUUGAAGCAGAAGUUUGAGCGUGGCUGGCGUCCCUGCCCUAAAGGCUGUCCUUAUCUUGGCAACUACCCCAGCUCGAGUGAUAGCAAGUCUAUCAAAUGUUUGUGUGGUUAUGAAUAUUGCAGAGGCUGUGGUGUAGAUGAGCGCAUCAUAGCGGCUCACGACGGUCGGUGGCACAAAACCUCCUGCCCGUAUUUUGAGCGCUAUUCUACGAUCAAAGCAGCUCCUCGGGCCUCCACGAGGUGUCCUCAGUGCGCAGAGCUUCACCACCGAUGCCCCUUCCCCUUGAACGAUGGCUAUCCCGAUAAACUGAUGCGAUCUCUGAUACACACCGCACGUGCCGACCCUGAACCUCAUCGGAGACCUGCUCCGUGGGCUAAGAGUUAA